GUACAGAGAGUUGUUGUUGACACAGUGAAGGAUGCAGAACAGCAGUGCAUCAUGGUGGAAGUAGUUGAAGGUUCCUGUUUAAACUCGAUCCAGGUUCUGCGCGUUUCUCUCGUGGAUGAGCUGGAGGGACGCGUCGAGUCGCUCCUGGAGAAUCUCGUGACCCAUGGAGUGUUUGGCAGAGACGACAGGGAGCAGGUCUUGUGUCACUUGGGACCUCGAGCCAGAGUUAGACAAGUUCUGGAUAUUGUUCAGUGCAAAGGAGAAGAAGCUGCCAAAGUAUUUCUCUCCAUCAACAGCUGCUCUCACCUGGAGCCACAGUCCAGGCCGAGCGGAGGACGGUCUGCAGAAUUCAAAAAAAUCCUUCUGAAGCACAAGGAUGUCCUCAGACGCAGAAGUGAAACGAUGCUGUACUACAACACCCGACACGGAGAGAAGAUCUUAUUCUCCGAACAUUAUGUGAGUCUCCUUUUGGUGGACGGGCAUCAGAGUUUGGACGUAAAGCGGCACGAGGUCCUCACGUUUGGCCAUAAGCGUCUCUCUUUGCAGCACAAGGCGGCUUUUAAUAGAAAAAUAUCUCCAAAAGAACUGUUCACUUCUACUGGGAGUCGAUCUGUGAAGAAAGUUUUGGUGACCGGCGUCGCUGGCAUCGGAAAAACGAUCCUGGUUCAGAAAAUGCUGUUUGAUUUUGGAAGGGGAAAAGAACACCGAGAGUUUGACUUCAUCAUCCACAUGACCUUCAGAGACCUCAACCUCAUCGAGAACCCGACGACCCUUCGGGAUUUGAUUUUACGCAAAAACAGACACCUGGCGAAAGAACUCGACAAUAUUUUAGCGAACGAUGACAAACUUUUAAUGAUUUUCGACGGGUUUGAUGAGUUCAAACAUUACGGAAAAUGCGACGUGGAUUCUUUUGUGAGCGAACCGGACGAAGACGCUGAUGUGGUGGAGAUCUUUGGGAGUCUGAUGCAAGGAGAACUUCUACCCAAUGCGUCGGUGCUGCUAACGAGCCGACCUACUGCCGUUAACUACAUCCCAGUUGGAUUUAUCGAUAGAUUUGUCCUCAUUUCUGGUUUCUCUUUGACCGAAGUCCAAGAAUACUUUUCCCGCUACUUCCAAGAUGAAACGCUGGCAGACCAAAUGUUCGCUAUCGUCGCAGCGAAUGAGCUAAUGCUAACACUAUGCUACAUACCUGCGUUUUGCUACAUCGUGUGCUGCAUCCUCAAAGAUAACAAAGACCUGUGCGGUGAAGGCCCCAAGACGAUGACGGACAUUUACGUGCAAUAUUUAGUCGCCAUGCUUCGAUCUCACGCCCAAACAAGAGCAGAAACUUUGAAAGACGAAAACACGGCGCAACCGCUGUCUGACGUAGUGCUAAAGCUAGGUCAGUUAGCUUUCCACAAACUUAUGGAGCAUCAAACUCUUUUCUACAGCAGUGACAGCGACGUAAAGGCGUUAGAAGGAUGCGCCCUGGUUAGCGCCUUCCUCGACAAAACUAUGUCUCAAGAACCAGGAUGUGUGGAGGAAGUUUACUCGUUCGCACACCUCACCGUUCAGGAGUUUUUCGCGGCGAUGUAUUGCGCCGUGACAGACGAGCCAUUCCCGGAAGCUCUGCAAAACGAAACCACAGGCGAAGGCGCGAGCGACGGACACUUGGACCUGUUUAGUCGUUUUCUUUCUGGGGUCUUAUCUGAACGUAACGCUAACCUCUUAUCGAGACACGUACGCUUGACUUGCAGCAAAGAUAAAAUGCUAAGCUAUCGGGAAGUUCUGAUUCGGAAUAUUACACUGUUGUGCGAGAACGGAGGUAAUAUUUUGAACAAUCUGCACUGUCUUUUGGAGCAACAAGAUCCAAAUUUUGGGCUUGACCUACAGCCCAAGACAUUACGCAUAAAUGUUAGCGAUGAAACACUAUCGGAAAUGGAUUAUAAUGCCAUAAAAUACUUCCUGAAUCUGACAUAUGGUGCGAUAGAGGAGCUGGAUCUGACGGGAACAGGACUAUCCUCCGAAGGGCUAACGAGUUUAUAUCAGCAUUUGAUCCGAUGUGAAAGAUUAUGGCUCGGAGAUAACGCCCUUGAUAUGGACAUGAUUAGGAUCGUAGCCGGCGUGCUGCGAAAGUCGGACGUCUUAGAACAACUCGGUAUUGGGUGGGCAAACAUUGGGGAUGAUGAACUGCUCAUUCUUUCCAGUGCCAUUCGUGACAAUAAACAGCUCAAGGAAUUGUGGAUGGAGGGUAACAGAGUGAGCCAAAGGGGUUUGCAGUCACUCGCAGAUUUGACUCCACAUCCCCUGAUGAGAAUUGUAGCCAUAUGGAAUGACCUGGAAAACAGCGGUGGUUUGGAUUCAGCCUGUAUGCAAGAAAGCAUUUCUACAAACUUCACAGAUGAUGACACAAUGUGGGACGCAUGGGGAGACUGGGUUUUAAAAAGAUGUGAGGUAAUCAGUAAUGACAAGCUCCUCACAGUUCUUCACAAAGUCUGCAACAUCCCAGUGCACUGCAGAGAGGACCGGUGGGCAAAAAUCUUCUACAAGAAUCUGCACAAUCUCAUAGAGACCAGAAUCGAAAGCUGCACUGAAGAAGACACCUGCAAAAAGCUCAAGAGAUUUCAAAAUACAUUAUGUUUAUGAGUGAACGUUAUGCAUUUCGAACUCUUGCAAUUAUGUUGUGAUUACUGGAGUAAAAAGAAGAAGGAAAAAAAAAAAAAAAGGAGUGGCCCGUACGGGGAUCGAACCCGCGACCUUGGCGUUAUUAGCACCACGCUCUAACCAACUGAGCUAACCGGCCAUGUGCGAGUCAUGUGAUAGACUUGUUUAAAA